AUGCUUGAACAGCUCGCAAAAAGUACGGGUCCCGGAGUACCAGAGUAUGAAUUUAUCAUCGUCGGUGCCGGUAACACAGGUUCCGUCAUCGCCAAUCGGUUAACGGAGCGCAAAGAGUGGAAGGUGUUGCUCUUGGAGGCCGGUCCGGUGGGCACCUCACUGUAUAACGUCCCGCUCGGAUUGCAGAUCGCGCAAGUGUCUAGCUACAACUGGAAGUUUAUCACUGAACCACAGGAGAACGCAUGCUGGGGAAUGAGAAAAAAUCAAUGUUUGAUCGACGUUGGCAAGGGAGCCGGUGGCAGUACACUCAUCAACGGACUCAUCUUCACGCGUGGCAAUCGCAACGAUUACGAUCGAUGGGCAGCGGCCGGUAACGUUGGUUGGUCGUUCGAUGAGCUGCUGCCGUACUUCCGGAAGUACGAAGGACUUAAGACUGCCGACGGUGACGAAGGUUACCAUUCAUCCGAUGGGCCAGUAACGGUGGAGACCUCUCCGUAUAGCAGCGAUCACUCUAGACUGUACCUGAGGGCAGCCAAAGAAGCGGGCUACAACUACGUUGAUCACAAUGGACGCAACCAGUUCGGUGUAUCGCGGACCCACGGAACCACCGUCAGUGGACAGCGAGUGUCCGCGUUCGAUUGCUAUCUGGAGCCGAUACUUCGCCAAAGGAAGCAUCUCAAGCUGAGUGUCAACAGCUUUGUGACAAAAAUUCUCAUAGAUCCGGCCACGAAACGAGCCUACGGUGUGGAGUAUCUGAAGAACAACGUGACGCACAGAGCGUAUGCCCGCCGUGAAGUAAUUCUGUCGGCCGGUGGAAUUGUGUCCCCGAAGAUACUGAUGCUGUCGGGAAUUGGGCCACGCCGGCAUCUGGAACGCCACGGUAUCAAGCCCGUGAUGGAUCUUCCGGUUGGCUCCAACUUCCAGGAUCAUCUGGCAUUCGCUGGACUGCAGAUCGUGCUGGAGGGCACUCGCUUUAUUGCUCCCGGUGAGGUUAUGACUGUGCCGAACAUAUUGCAACUUUUCCACGGCAUGGGACCCCUGACGGUACCGUCGGCGGUCGAGGUGAUUACGUAUCCGAACAUGACGUACGGUGAUCGUACCAGUCCGUUGCUGGAGUUUGCGAUGAGCCUUGGAUCGUUUGCCACCGAUCAGGGAAUACUUUCGACGGAAGCGAUCCGCAUGAAGAAGUCCCUGUACAGGUCGGUGUACCGGCCACUGGAACCGUUGAAUCAUUUCACCAUGUUGGUAUCGAUGAUGCAUCCUCGGUCGAAGGGUACCGUGCGGCUGCGUAGUUCUGAUCCGACGGAUCCACCGAUCAUUCAACCGAAUUAUCUCAAAGAGCAGAUCGAUGUGGAUGCGAUGCUGGCAGGUGUGCGUGAAGUAGAGCGAAUUAUCGGCAGUCCAGCGAUGCAACGGUAUCGGGCACGGCUUUGGGAUAUGCCGAUGCCCAACUGUCGCCAGCAUAAGCGGCUCUCGGAUGAUUAUUGGCGUUGCGCGAUUCGAACGUUGUCCGUUUCGUAUGCACACUAUAUGGGCACGUGUAGAAUGGGACCGGCUGGUGAUCCGGUUGGUGCUGUUGUUGGACCGGACUUGCGCGUACAUGGAAUCGAUGGGCUAAAUGUUGUGGACACAAGCAUCAUCCCCGAGCCCGUAACAGGCCAUCCGAUGGCAACGGCGUACGUUAUAGGCGAGAAGGCAUCUGAUUUGAUUAAAGCGCGGCACGGCGCACCGAUGGCAGGCUCUGGAAGAUAA